GCUCACAGUCUAUGCCUCAAACUUGCUGCGAAGGUAUACGUAACGAAGAAUGUGGGCCUCAUGAGAAACCACAUGUUGUGGUUCUUAGAUCAACAUCGUCUUCAGUUCCCCAAUACAUGUCGCACAACGUCAACGGUGGGGUGAUCAGAACAUUGAGAUCCGUACAUUGAGAUCUUCACGUGAUGCCCAUCAGCUAUCAGCAAACUGCGCACUGAAGAUCGCAAUAGGUUGUAGUAUACUGAGAUCUGCUGAUAGGUUCUUGUUGGUGUGGUAAAUUUGCCUCACAUGCAGGAUGAUUUUGCUGAGAGCAGAAAUUCGCUUUUUCAAUAAACACCUAUUCUUCCUUGACUUUACAGGAGAUACACAAACAACAAUCGAAUGAACCCUCGUACGUCGUCGUGAUACUAGAUUUUAGAUUGAUGUGUCUUUCGACUCUGAGCCGACCAUUUUAAUUUUUGUAGCGACUUUCUCGAAGCAGAAGGAACCGAAACGCCAGCAACCAGAACUACCUUCAGACAAAAUGGCGGAACAGCACGACCAAGACUCCCUCCCCGUCGUUUUUUUCGACAUGAUGAUUGGGAAGGAACCAGCCGGGAGAAUCGAAAUCACGCUCAGAACAGACCACGCGCCAAAAACCUGCGAAAACUUCCGGGCACUCUGCACAGGGGAGAAAGGUACGGAUUUCAUUUUUGCGUGGUUUAUAUCGUGCAUCACGAAGUACUUUGAGGUUGCCGGCUUUCUAUCACAGGCACAGAGUAGUUGUCCACAAUCAGCAUCUUUGCAUCAUCCCUCCAAAUUUGUAAACCGCAGGUAUCGGCACAUCCGGCAAGCCCCUCCACUACAAAAACACGACCUUUCACCGCGUCAUACCCGGUUUUAUGUGCCAAGGGGGUGACUUCACCGUCGGCAACGGCACCGGUGGUGAGUCAAUUUACGGCAUGAAGUUUCCAGAUGAGAACUUCACUUUAAAGCACACCGGCCCGGGAAUACUCUCCAUGGCAAACGCGGGGAAAGAUACAAACGGAUCGCAAUUUUUCCUCUGUUUGGUAAAAACGGAUUGGUUGGAUGGGAAGCACACGGUAUUUGGCGAAGUGUCGAAUGGCGAGUUGGGGAUGAUGGUGCUGAAAAAAAUCGAAAAUUGCGGGUCCAGCAGCGGAAAAACCAUGAAGCCAGUAGUGAUCGCGGACUGCGGACAGCUCGCAUGAAGAAGUUAUUUUUUCAAUAGCUUUCUAAAAACCUCCAGUAGAAACGAUGAUUUUGGACUGAAAGGUUGGUGACAUGCUCAAUCACAAUAAUUACAACGCUUUUCUUGAAACAAUAAAUUGGCGCCCAACUACAAGGGCGAGAUGAAGAGCCACUGCAG